AUGGUCCAUCCUGAGAUCCGCCUCUCGACACGCGAGAAGGUCCAGCUUCUCUGGCUCGUCCCAUUAGUCCUCUUCAGAACCGUCCUCAGCUCCGUCUUCGGCGUCCUCACCGACAAGAGCGCCGCCAGACACCCAAUACGCACCGUCGGCGUUAACCUCCUCCGCCAUGUCACGUUGACUCUCAGCUUUCGCCAGAGGCUGGCCGGCGACGUCCUCUCCACCGGCGAUGCCGUCGCCGCCUUCUGCGCCUCGCGCAAACUCGCGCAUUCCGCCAUCCCAGUACCGGUUCCCGCAGCCGGCCGCGGUGACCGCGCAUCCACCUUCCACGCCCCGGCCAUCCCGGACGCGACCCUGCACCUCAUCACCGUUAAUUCCUCGCCAUCAAAUCCCGCUCCAUCCGCAGCAUCAUCAUCAGCAUCAAACCGCACCCUCCUCUACCUGCACGGCGGCGGCUUCGCCCACCCCAUCAACUCCCAAGGCCAGAUCCCUCUGGCCCAACGCUGCGCCGAGGCCCUAGCCUCCUCCUCCUCCCACCCAGGCUCCACGACCACCCUCGCCAUCCUCGAGUACCACCUCGCGCCCGCCCACCGCUACCCGACCCAGCUCGCCCAGUCCCUCGCCGCGCUGCGCACUCUCGUUACUGGCGGCACUGGCUUCGCACCCGUCCCGCCCGAGCAGAUCGUCCUGCUCGGCGACUCGGCCGGCGGCAACCUCCUGCUCGGUGUGCUCGCGGCGCUGAAGGCCGGUCGCGCGCCGCGGGGCGUGGGGGAUGAGGUUGUGGCGUGGUGGAGGCAGUCGGCGGAGGGGGGCAUCAUGCGCCCCUUGGCGGCGGCCGUGGCCGUGUGUCCGUGGUGCGGGUUGGGCGAGUACGGGGGCAGGGGCGCUGGGAGCUCGUACGAGAGGAAUGCGAGGUGGGACUUUUUGUAUGUGAAGGAGAUGGAGGAUCUUGAGGAGGCGGUGGGGAUGGGCAGGGCGAGGGGGGUGGUUUGGGGGGAUAUGGUUGGGGCGGCGAAGGCGCGGAAGGUGGAGGAGGAGAAUGGGGAUGAGGAGUGGGAGGGAGAGGAGCGGGGGGAGUGGGGGGCUGAGUUUUGGAGUGGCGUAGUGAGGGGGGAGGGCAGGGUUGUGGAGAGGAUGCUCGUGAGUGUGGGGACGAGGGAGGUCUUUUUGGAUGACGUGGUGGAAUUUGUGGGACUGAUGGGGGCGGGUCAGGAGGACGGGGAGGAUGAUGGGAAGGUGGUGUUUGUGAAGGGCCCCAAUGAGGUGCAUGUUGGGCCCGUCGUUGAUGUUGCCUUGGGGAUUAAUGAUGACGAGGGAUCGCUGCCGGCCAUACUGUCGUUUUUCAAGGGGCUGUAA